AUGUAUCUGCACGGGAUAGCCCUUCAUCUGGAGGCUCAGGGGCAGGCUGUGGGCCCGGAGGCCCCAGGCAGCCGGGAGGCGGUGGUGGAGCUGCACCCAGAGGAGAGCCGCCUCUCUGGGGGCGAAGAGGACCAGGCUGGGGGGUCCAAGAUCCAGCGCACAGCCCCACAGGUGGUUUCUGCAGAGAAUGGACGCAAGGAGAGAAUGCCGACGGAAGAAGAGGAUGAAGCAGGAGGAGGAGGAGGAGGCGGGGGAGGGGGAGGAGAUGGACCGAGGAUGCUGAAGGAGGAGCGGAAGGGCGAGGUCAUCACCAUGGAAACACAGGCCCCGCCCACCCGCGAGGCAGAUGCAAAGAGAGGCCACAGGGACCCCCCAUCCCACCACUCCAGCAGGCACCACAGAAGGGGCGUGUCCCAUACCAAGGAUGACCCCGCCCCAAAGCCCUCACGCCACCGCAGCAAAGCCACCAACACCAUCCACAUCUGUAACCUGGUGCGCCCCUUCACCCUGACCCAGCUGAAGGGGCUGCUGCGUGGGACGGGGACCCUGGUGGAGGAGGGCUUCUGGAUCGACCGGAUACGGUCCCACUGCUACGCCACGUACUGCAGUGUGGAGGAGGCUGCAGUUGCACGGCGUGCCCUGCAGGGGGUGCGGUGGCCACAGACCAACCCCCGGUUCCUGCGUGUGGAGUUCUGUGAGCAGGAGGAGCUGGACUCCCACAGGGCCCAGAGUCCCGGGGGGAUGGGGGACGGCCCUGUGGGGGGGGAGUGGGAGGCCCAGCGCCAGAGAGAGAGGGAGCGCCGGGAGAGGGCUCGGGCGGAGAGGGAGUGGGACCGGGACAAGGUGCCGGAUUUCACCGGCCCUGAGGAAGACCUGCACACUCCUCCUCAACCCCCCCCCGAGAGACGCCGGGACCGCAAGGAGCCCGGCUCAGGGAAGUUGCUGGAGGAUCUGUUCUGUAAGACCUCGGCCCCGCCCUGUAUAUACUGGCUCCCCCUCACAGAGCAGCAGGUCCUGCAGAGACGGGCGGAGCGAGCUGAGAGGAUGAAGGAGAGAGAGAAGAGGAGGAAAGAACAGCACCAGGAGGAGGAGAAGCAAGCCCUGGGGCAGGGCAAAGACACAGGGGGCGUGGUCAGAGGGGGAGGGGCCUCCCAGGCCGUCCAAGGGGAGGGGGAGAGCGAGAGAGAGCUCGAGAAGGUGAGGGAGAAUGAGAGAGAGAUGGAGAGAGAGAUGGAGAGAGAGAAGGUAAGGGAAAAAGAGGAGAGGGGGAGAGAGGAGAGGGAUAAGGAAAGGGGGAAGGGGAGAGAGGCAAAAGAGGGGGAGAGAGAGAGGGGGAAAGAGGAGAAAAAGAGGGAUGGAGAGGAGAAGGAGAGAGGGAGAGAGGUGAAAGAGGAGGGAGAGAAGGAGAGGGGGAAAAGGGAGAAAAAGAGAGAUGGAGAGAGGGAUAGGGGUGGAGAGGUAAAAGAAGAGAGAGAGAAGCCAAGAGAGAAAGCGAGGGAUCGAGAAAAGGAGGCUGGGAAAGAGGAUAAAAAGAGGGAUGGAGAGAAGGAGGCUGGGAAAGAGGAUAAAAAGAGGGAUGGAGAGAAGAGGGAGGGAGAGAGGGGCAGUCGGAGAGAGGAGAGGGAGAGAGAGAGAGAAAAGGAGAGAGAGAGAAGGCGUGACCGGCGACACUGAUUGGAAUUUCACUGACACGCGCACACUCACACACACACACUCACACACUCACACACUCACACACGCACACACUCACACACACAGACACGCGUACACACACACACUCACACGCACACACUCACACACACAGACACGCGUACACACACACACUCACACGCGCACACUCACACACACAGACACACGCAUACUCACACAGACACACGCAUGCAUACACACUUGGACACGCACACACACACACACACACACACACACAGUACUGUGCAAAAGUCUUAGGCACCCAAGGGUUUUUAUGAAAAUGUGGUGUUGUAAGUUUAUUUUUGCCAGGAGAAAUUUUCUUAUUUUCUUUUGUCUUAUUUUUAGAUUUCCAACCAUUAAUUUCCAGAAACAUUAAAGGUUGAGUUGAUGUUUAUAUAUUUCAUUAAAUAUCCCAUAUUGUACACCUUUCCAGUGUGUUAAAUGCACAUUAUUGUGGUACGGAUUGUGUGGAUCUAUUGGGUAAUCCACAUAAUGGAGAUCAGAGACCAGAGGCUGGAGAAGAAGCCCUCAGUUCUCAGUGUUUGGAGCGACGUGGACCUUUAUCAGCCUGCAGGACAGGGCCCUGAAGAGAACUCAUGCAGUUUUGGUCACAACAAGUACUAAAAGUCGAUUAAGUUUGUAGCCAUGUCCUAAUUAUAGUACUGUAAAUUUUUCAAUCUUUAGAAAAUUUUUCUUAUUUUUUAAGGCAACUUUGUGUUGUUUUUUUUUUUUUGUGCUUAAGACUUGUGUACGCCUCACAUCCUGUAAGACUUGUGUACGCCUCACAUCCUGUAAGACUUGUGUACGCCUCACAUCCUGUAAGACUUGUGUACGCCUCACAUCCUGUCAGUCCGUUUCCUUCCCGGGAGGCGGACAGGCCCCGCCCCCUCCGGCCUACUGCACGCGCUCGGCCGAGCCGGAACCCUGGAGCACAGGAAAUGACCUCAUGAGACGGGUUCCUGUCUGUCUCGGACGGGUGCGGCUCCCUCGUGGCUUCACUCGCUCUGGCUCCCUCUCUGGCUCCCUCUCCAUCUCUCUCCCUCUCUCUCUCCCUCUCUCUCUCUCCCUCUCUCCCUCUCCCUCCCUCCCUCUCUCUCUCUCCCUCCCUCUCUCUCUCUCUCCCUCCCUCCCUCUCUCUCUCCCUCUCUCCCUCCCUCCCUCUCUCUCUCUCCUUAUGCACUGCAGCUCCACCCAUCUGCUGAUGCCGGCCUGUGGCACGGCAACCAGGGUGUGACCAAGGCAUUCUGGGUGACUGCCAAUGUAAUGAGUUUGGAGACAAUCAAGACCCUGCCCCCUUUCUAAGCCCUGGGCCAGUUAUGUUUAUAGGCAGAAAAAAUAGUUUUAAUGUUAUUUUGUUUAGUGUAAUAUUUGUAUUCUGGGGUUUUUCCCAUGUAAGUAACAAAUGUAAAAUGAGCAUCGAAGAAAUAAAUCGGUUUUCUUAUAGAA